GAAGAAGGAGGAGUUUCCGACAGAAGCCGAUUAUUUUAGCGCACACUAACCACUGUGUCUGCGUGGUGUAUCCUAAAAAGAAACAAAUCAUGAAGAACGAAGGCAUAGAGGGCACGGAGAGGUUCGAGAGCCCGGAGAAAGGCAGGGGCCUGCUGGCCGUCCGGCACUUCGCGGUCGGGGAGCUGGUGUUCGCCUGUCCUGCCUACUCCUACGUGCUGACGGUGAAUGAGAGAGGAGCUCACUGUGAGCACUGCUUCACCAGGAAAGAAGACCUGUUCAAAUGUGGUAAAUGUAAGCAGGCUCACUACUGCAAUGUGGACUGUCAGAGGGGCGACUGGCCYAUGCAUAAGUUGGAGUGUGUAGCCAUGUGUGCGUAUGGGGAGAACUGGUGUCCAUCAGAGACGGUCAGACUGGUGGCCAGAAUCAUCGUGAAGCAGAGAGUCACGACGGAGCGCACCCUGUCUGAGCGGCUGCUGCUGCUCAAAGAGUUUGAAUCCCACUUGGAUAAGAUGGACAACGAGAAGCAGGAGAUGAACCAGGCUGACAUCGCGGCUCUGCGUUAUUUCUACUCCAAACACAUCAGUGACCUCCCUGACGAGCAGGCGCUCACUGAGCUCUUCACUCAGGUGAACUGUAACGGUUUUACCAUAGAGGACGAGGAGCUCUCACAUCUCGGAUCAGCUGUUUUUCCUGAUGUAGCACUGAUGAACCACAGCUGUGAUCCUAAUGUUAUCGUGACUUAUAAAGGCACAGUGGCUGAAGUCAGAGCUGUGCAGGAAAUAAACCCAGGAGAAGAGAUCUGUGACAGCUACAUCGACCUGCUGUAUCCUACAGAGGACAGAAGAGAGAGGUUAUUAGAUUCUUACUUCUUCUCCUGUCAGUGUACGGAGUGCACCUCCAGGUCUAAGGACAAGGCAAAAAUGGAGAUCAGGAAGCUGAGCGCUCCACCAGAAGCAGAAGAAAUCAGCAGCAUGGUUUGUUACGCCAAGAACGUGAUUGAAGAGUUCAGAAGAGCCAAACACUACAAAACUCCCAGUGAGCUGCUGGAAAUGUGCGAGCUCAGCCUGGAGAAGAUGGGAGCUAUUUUUGCCGACACCAACGUCUACAUGCUGCACAUGAUGUAUCAGGCCAUGGGCGUGUGUCUCUACAUGCAGGACUGGGACGGCGCUAUGAGCUACGGAGAGAAGAUCGUUCAGCCUUACAGUGUUCAUUAUCCUGUCUACUCUCUGAAUGUGUCGUCAAUGUAUCUGAAACUGGGUCGUCUGUAUUUGGGCCUUGAGAAGAAGACACAAGGUGUCAAAGCUUUGAAGAAGGCUUUGAGGAUCAUGGAGGUGGCUCAUGGAAAAGACCACCAUUAUGUAGCAGAGGUCCAAAGAGAAAUUAUGGAGCAGAAAUAAAAGUAAAAAAAAAAAAACUCUACAAAGGAAUGAAAAGAUUGUCAGAGGAAGCAACAAAUUAUACAUCAUACAUGCACGGAGAUGAAAAUAUGAUGCAGAAACUCAUCACAUCGAUUUGUUUUAAAAAAGAAGAAAAUGACUGUUUCUACUUUUUUUCUGCCUUGAAAAGUUUUUCAGAUGAAUUUUGGAUGAGAACGGAGGACGACUUCUGGACAGAGGUUUGAGUUAAAAAAAAACGCAUCUGACAAUUUUUUAUUUUUUUGCUUUUGAGCUUUGUUUGAGAGUUUUGACUUUUUGGGCUGAAGCUCAUCGAACCAACGGCAUCAGUGGACAAAAUAAAAAUCUGAAAAUGUUACGCUGCUGCCUCUAAAGCUGCCUUUGAAAGAAACAAAGCUUUUGUCUGAUGGCUGUAGUCUCAUUUUUGGCUCUUUGUGGACUCUUCAACUGAAUAAAUCUUCAUCAUUUAUGUUUUUGGCAGCAGUUUGAGCUGCGUGGUUUUACUCAAGAACUCUUAUGAUUUAAAAAAAAAAUCAGUUCAAACUGUUGAGUUCUGGUUCCUGAGAGCRUUACCACUUUGUCCCAGCUCCUGUUUGAAUCCAGACUAAUCUUAAGCCACAGAGCAGCAUUUAUGGUCUUAUUUGUUCACAACAAAACUGUGAAAAAAAGACAAAAAACAAACUUUACAGUGUUUGAAACACUUCGUAGCAGCAGAGAGAAUGCAGAAAUGUGUUUCUAAACGAACAGCUGGUCUUACUAUGUUUUGCUGUUUGAACUUCCAGAAGUGUGGCAUGUUUGAAUUCUUUUUCUUUAUUUCCCUAUUUCAUUUUCAGCCUUUCUAUUUCCGAAAGAGCUAACCGACAAGCCUCUGGUUUUUAUCAGGUCUUUCUGCAUGUUUUCUCUGUGCAUGCUCCGGUUUUACCCAAUUUUCUCCAAAAACAAAACAAUGUGCAUGUUCGGUUAAUUACUGGUUGUAAGCUGGCUGUAGGAGUAAGUUUGUUUAUGCAGAGCUGUUUGUAACGUGCAUGUUUGUGUUGACUCUUCCCACCCGCUUUCUUAAACAGAUCCAAAUGAGCAGAAAAUGAGACCAAACGAGCUGCGGGUUUAUCUGUUCGGUUGCUGAUCUGAGACCAGUUUAGUCACAAAGAAGACAGGUCAAAGUUUUUUUAUUUUGUUUUCUGAUAUUAAUAACAUCAUGUAGCAGUUGUUGGCUCAUCAAGAGGUGCAUGAUUGUACAUUUCUGGUGUUUCUUAUGGAUCUGAACACUGAUGCUCAGAACUGGCUGUGGAUGAUGAUGAUGAUGAUGGUAAUAUUGACACAAACAGCCUUUUAUUUUCAAUGUUAUGGCAAUGGAGUCAAUAAUAAUUGCUUACUUGAUUAAUUUUUCUGCUUGUAUGAUGUUGAAUCUUUAGCUGUAAAAACUGAUUUAAAUCUCAUUUUUUCUUUAAACAGUUCAGUCUCAAAGAAAACUUUGUGUUCAGUAGAAUUAUCAAAAAAAAUCACCUGUAUUUAUGUGAACACAUCUUCUGCAGAGCUAGGCGGCUCAUCCUAUAAAGUUUAUUUUAAGUGACUACGACUCAUUUUAUUGCCAGAAAYGGCCUCUGGUUCUUUAGUUGUAGCUCUUGUGUAAUUAAUGUAAUUAAAUCCCAGCGCCACUGAGCAGCUGUUUUAAUGUGAGGUGCAGUAAUGCAGUGUGCAAUGGAAGCUUUAAAGUAAUGCAAACAUCAUCACCUGGGCCUUAUUGAAGGGUUCUUGUUGCACUUGUGUUUUGUUUAUUGGAUGUGUCAAAAAAUGAUGUCAGACUUUUUCACAGUUUGGUUUGAACAGUCUAAAUGGUUAGUUUGCUUCACUUUUCACUUCCAGGGUUAACUUUUUAAACACCUGUAGCUUCUCCUGUCUUGUUUACAAGCAAACGAAUUGAAUGCACUACCUAAGAAUGCUCUACAGUUGGAUAAAAGCCCAUCGUGUUGAGCGUGCUAGAGUUGUAUCUGUAGCAACUACUGCGGCUGUGAAUGACAAAAUGCAUCUAGACAGUGCCUGCCUUACAGCUUUAUCAAGUUAUCUAAUGCACCAUUUUAUCUGUUUUGUUCUCUCUUUUUGAAUAAUAAAUGUCAUUGUUUCAACCCCCUGA